AUGAGAGAAGAGAUCACUGCGCUUGAGCAAAAUCAGACUUGGGAUCUAGUGCCAAAGCCAAGAGAUGUGAAACCCAUAUCAUGCAAAUGGGUGUACAAGAAAAAACGUCAUCCUGAUGGAGCGAUCGAAAGAUACAAGGCUCAGUUGGUGGCUCGAGGUUUCUCUCAGCAGUAUGGACUAGAUUAUGAUAAAACGUUUAGUCCAGUGGCAAAGCUUACGACAAUACGAGUCUUACUUGCACUUGCUGCCAACAAAGACUGGAACUUGUACCAGAUGGAUGUGAAGAAUGCAUUUUUGCAUGGGGAGUUAGAUCGGGAAAUCUACAUGACUCAACCAAUGGGCUUUGAGAACGAAGUCCAUCUCGAGUAUGUGUGCAAGCUGAAAAAGGCACUUUACGGAUUGAAGCAAGCGCCAAAGGCAUGGUACAGUAAGAUUGCAAAAUUUCUCUCUCGAAGUGGUUAUUUAGUGACACAUGCAGAUUCUAGUUUAUUCGUCAAAGCUAAUGGAGGAAAAUUAGCUAUCGUGCUGGUAUACGUGGAUGAUCUAAUCAUCACUGGUGAUGACGAGGAAGAAAUUCACCGAACAAAGGAGAAUUUAUCAGUUCGUUUCCAGAUGAAAGAACUGGGACAACUCAAGCACUUUCUUAGGCUAGAGGUCGAUCGCACACAAGAAAGGAUAUUUCUGUGUCAACAGAAAUAUGCAAAAGAUUUGUUGCAAAAGUUUGGGAUGCUUGAAAGCAAGCCAAUCUCAACGCCGAUGGAGCCCAAUGUCAAAAUGUGUGCAUAUGAAGGCAAAGACUUGGAAGACGCAACGAUGUAUCGACAAUUGGUGGGUAGUCUAAUCUACUUGACAUUGACUCGACCUAACAUUUCAUAUGCAGUUGGUGUGAUGAGUCGAUACAUGCAAAAUCCAAAGAAGUCUCAUUUAGACGCAGUUCGACGAAUACUGAGGUAUGUGAAGAGUAUGAUUGACUAUGGCCUCUUGUACAAGAAAGGAGAAGAUUGCAAGCUAGUUGGUUAUUGCGACGCUGACUAUGCGGGAGAUCAUGAUACUCGUCAAUCAACUACUGGGUACGUAUUUAAGCUUGGUUCAGGAACAAUUUCUUGGUGCAGUAAGAGACAGCCAACGGUAUCUUUGUCAACCACGGAAGCUGAGUACAGAGCAGCAGCAAUGGCAGCUCAAGAGAUCACAUGGCUGACACAGUUGAUGAAUGAUCUACAUCAACUGGUAGAUUAUUCAGUGCCGUUAUACUGCGACAAUCAAUCGGCAGUUCGUUUGGCGGAAAAUCCAGUCUUUUAUGCAAGAACAAAACAUGUGGAGAUACACUACCAUUUUAUCAGAGAGAAGGUUCUGCAAGAAGAGAUUGAGAUGAGACAUAUCAACACGGAUGAUCAAGUUGCAGACUUAUUCACAAAAAGUUUGAGCACAGGAAAAUUCGAGAAUUUUCGACGUCAGCUCAAUGUGGUGCGAAGGAUGUGA